AAUUUUAUUUUUUUAUUUUUCCUUUCAAUUUUCUUCUUCUGGGUUUCUAAUUUCAUCUCAUAAACUUCAAUUUCAUCACUCUACAGGUGUAUAAGUAGGGUAAGAAAUGUUAGAGCAGUUACUGAUUUUCACUAGAGGGGGGUUAAUCCUCUGGACCUGCAAAGAGCUUGGAAAUGCUCUAAGGGGAUCACCAAUUGAUACGUUGAUCCGAUCAUGCCUUUUGGAGGAACGAUCUGGUGCCGCGUCCUACAAUUAUGACAUCCCCGGGGGGUCGUAUACUCUAAAAUGGACGUUUCACAAUGAGCUUGGGCUUGUCUUUGUUGCGGUGUAUCAAAAGAUUCUCCAUCUUUUGUACGUAGAUGAGCUUCUUGCUAUGGUGAAACGUGAGUUUUCUGAAAUUUAUGAUUCGAAACGGAUGGUUUAUGAUGAUUUUGAUGAGACGUUUAGGCAGCUUAGGAAAGAGGCAGAGGCUCGGGCUGAGGAGAUGAAGAAAUCAAAGCAGGUGAUGGCUAAGCCGGUUAGUAAUUUGGGGAAGAAACAAGGACAACAAAUGCAAAAAUCAGGGUUUGAAGGAGGCAAUAAAAAAAAGAGUGGUGGUGGGGAAACAGGCAAGGAUGGUGAAGAUAGUGAUGAUAAUGUAAAAAAUGGUACUUUGGAAAAUGGUCAUUCCAAUGGGGAGGUGACUAGUAGGGGUAGAGUUAACGGUAAAGAAAAUGGUAAUUCCAACACUAACGCUGGAGCUUUUGAUGUAAAUAAGCUACAGAAGCUCCGGUCUAAAGGUGGGAAGAAAGCUAAUCCUGUUGUAAACAAGGUUUCCAAAGAGGAACCAAAGAAAAAACCAACAAAAAAGAAUAGAGUUUGGGAUGAUAAACCAGUGGAAACUAAAUUGGAUUUCACUGAUCCGGUGAGCGAGAAUGGUGAUGGUCACAUGGCUGUUGCACAAGUUGUUGAAGGGGAGAGUAUGAUGGACAAAGAUGAGGUUGUCAGCAGUGAUAGUGAAAGUGAAGAGGAAGAUGAAGCAGAGACGGGUAAGAAGGAAGACUCGAAGAAGAAAGGAUGGUUUACAUCCAUGUUUCAGAGUAUUGCUGGGAAAGCAAAUUUGGAAAAGGCAGAUUUAGAACCAGCUUUGAAGGCUCUGAAAGACAGGCUGAUGACUAAGAAUGUGGCUGAAGAGAUUGCAGAGAAACUGUGCGAGUCUGUAGCAGCAAGCCUUGAGGGUAAAAAGCUUGCUUCGUUUACUAGGAUAUCAUCAACGGUGCAGACUGCAAUGGAGGAUGCUCUUGUUCGUAUUCUAACACCACGGCGUUCUAUUGACAUUCUGAGAGAUGUUCAUGUUGCUAAGGAACAGCGCAAACCAUAUGUUGUGGUUUUUGUGGGAGUUAAUGGAGUUGGAAAGUCUACUAAUCUGGCCAAGGUGGCUUACUGGCUUCAGCAGCAUGACAUAAAUGUCAUGAUGGCUGCAUGUGAUACAUUUCGUUCAGGAGCAGUAGAGCAACUGCGUACUCAUGCUCGUAGGCUCCAGAUCCCUAUUUUUGAAAAGGGUUAUGAGAAAGAUCCUGCAAUUGUUGCUAAGGAAGCAAUUCAGGAGGCCACCCGCAAUGGAUCAGAUGUUGUUCUUGUUGACACAGCUGGUCGAAUGCAGGACAAUGAACCAUUGAUGCGUGCACUAUCCAAGCUUAUAUACGUCAACAGUCCAGAUCUGGUACUUUUUGUUGGGGAAGCAUUGGUCGGUAAUGACGCCGUGGAUCAACUGUCAAAGUUCAACCAGAAACUAGCCGACCUUUCACCCUCUCCGAGCCCUAGAUUGAUUGAUGGGAUCUUGUUAACCAAGUUUGAUACUAUUGAUGAUAAGGUUGGAGCUGCACUUUCGAUGGUUUACAUAUCUGGAUCACCUGUGAUGUUUGUCGGCUGUGGGCAAUCUUACACGGACCUGAAGAAGCUGAACGUCAAGUCAAUUGUGAAGACUCUGCUUAAAUGAGUGUCCACAUGAAGUGCUUAGAUGAGUGUCCACAUGAAGUCGCGGUGAGUAAGUUGUGUGUCGUCUAUUAUCUGGCUCAACGUGCGAUAUGCAUCUGCUUGGUCUCUUUACUUUUAGUUUGUCUGUGUUGAAACCUCAUGCAUCUUGUUUUGGAUGAAAUCUUGUUCUCCCUUGUGCUCACUAUAUGUGUGGAUUAACUUGCAAACUUAUAUGUCAGAGUGUGGAAUUAAUGUUAUACUUUUUAUACUUA